AUGAAACUUCAACAUCUCGCUACCCGAGCCAUCUUGAACGCCAGUGCUGUCAAGGUUCUUCGGUCAAGUCCUGAACAAUGCUGCGCUGCCUUGUUAGAAGAAGCUGGCCUCGGAGACAAGGUCGCCACCAAGGGCCAGACUCUCUGGAGUAAUCGCAUAGAUUCCUACUGGUCUGUCAGUGCCGCCUUGGAGCCUGAUUGUAUGGUUCUGCCCACAUCUGCACAAGAUGUCUCCAAGAUUAUGAAGGUUAUUACAGAGAACCAGUGCAAGUUUGGUAUCCGAGGUGGUGGCCAUGGUAACUUUGCACUGUCCAACUCGGUUGAUGAGGGCAUCACCGUCGACUUUGGCUACAUUAAUGGUACCACAUAUGAUGAGGAGAAGAACAUUGUGUCAGUCGGACCUGGUGGUCACUGGCAAGAUGUCUAUGAUACUCUUAUCCCAUAUGGUCUCGCUGUUGCUGGUGGCCGUGCUGGAACAGUUGGUGUCGGUGGCUUUGUCACUGGUGGAGGAAACUCAUUCUACUCUGCAUCUCAUGGAAUGGCUUGCGAUACAGUGGCUGGUUGGCAAGUGGUUCUUGCAAAUGGUGAGAUUGUCGAGGCCAACGCCAAUGAGAAUGCCGAUCUUUGGCAGGCAAUGAAGGGUGGCUCAGGUAACUUUGGCAUGAUUACCCGUAUCGACAUGUAUCCCAUCGAAUUCGUCGAACGCACAAGUCCCCUCAUCUGGGGAGGCAACCUCUUAUACAAGCCCGAGUCAGGUCCUGCUGUGAUUGACGCCCUCAUCGACUUUACCGCCAACGUUCCCAAGGACGAGAACUCGAGCAGCAUCGUCUACUGGGCAUAUCUCCCUGCUAUCGCCGGUGGUACCAUCCUCAAUGCCGCUAUCGAAAAUACCAAGGGUGUGGUUAAGCCUCCUGCCUUUGACGCUUACUACGCUGUUCCUGAUAUUCAGACUGAUACCACCGUUUCCGAGAGACUGAGCGUAGUCACCUUGGAACUUGGCUCCGGCCAGCCUCCUCACUUUAGAAACAUUUGGUUCACCAGCUCUUUCAAGCCCAACGCUGAGCUCCUCGCCUACGUCGUCGACAAGUACAACAAGCUCAACGAGGAUCUCGAAGUUCUCAUGCCCAGCAGCGAGUCUGGUCUCAACACGCUGUGUAUGUUCCAGCCCCUUACCAAGUCUAUCGCCGACAAGGGUGUAGCCAACGGCGGUAACGUCAUGGGUCUGGAUUUCUACACUGCUGACGGAGAUGGAAUCAUGUUCCUCCUUACCUGGGCUGCCAAGGGUGACCAGACCGAGAAAGACGCCAUGCCUCUACUUCAAGCGUACAUGGAGAAUAUCGAGACAAAGGCAAAGGAGAUGGACGCUUUCUGGGAGUGGAAGUUUAUCAACUACGCUCACCUCAGCCAAGAUCCUUUAGCAACUGUUGGAGAGGCGGCCCUUGCCAAACUUCGUGCUGCCAGCAAGAAGUACGAUCCUGAGGGGGUCUUCCAAAAGCUGCGAGCUUCUGGUGUCAAGAUUCCUUUUUGA